AUGUCGUCAGGAUCCUCCAUCCAUCCCCCCGACUGGUACCAGGACAAUCCGUUCAUCCACCAUGGCUAUCGCCCUGUCUCACACUCGACUCGCGCCUGCUUGGCUAGCUGGCGAUAUCUGCGCAAUGAAACCUUCAACAUUUAUUCCCAUUUAGCCCCCGCAAUCCUCUUCCUGCUGGCAGGGGGCUCGUCCCAUCACUACCUCCGGGCCAGAUACCCCGACGCGACCGGGAGCGAUCAUGCCGUGUUUACCUGCUUCCUGCUGACGGCGGUCUUCACCUUGGGCAUGUCCGCGUCAGCCCUGAAACGGACCUAUUGGACCAUGAUAGCCACCCUGAGUUGCCUCACGGCGUCCGUUCAGCUCAACCCCAGGUUCCAAGGUCGUCGCUGGCGUACACUCCGAACCUGUGCGUUUGUCGCCACUGGUCUGUCGGGUUUUGCGCCUCUGAUCCACGGGACGGUUCUUUUUGGCUUCCCGCAGAUGGUGGAGCGGUCUGGGAUGCUGUACUAUCUCGGCGAGGGACUCCUUCUGAUCCUGGGUGCUUUUCUCUAUACCACGCAGAUCCCUGAAUCGCUUUGGCUGGGCAAAUUUGAUCUAUUCGGAUCAUCGCACCAGAUCUUCCAUCUCACAGUGGUUCUCGGCACAGCGAUUCAUCUGAUGGGGAUUUUGUCUGCAUUCGACUACAAUUACCGCCAUGGCGCCUGUAGACUCCCUUGAAUUGGAGAUUCAAUUGCGGGUAAAAGCGUGGAUCACCGGUCCAACUUCUCCGAUGUCAUCGACGUGCGGAUAGUGACUGGCCUCCUCUACGACCCAUUCCUGCAACCACUCCCUGGCGAUAUGAGUCCGUAGG